AGGUCACUUCUUAGCUCACCUAUCUUGUAAUGGGAAGAGAUCGAUAUCAAAUUUCAAGGAAUCUUUGGCAUCUUAAUUACCUAGCCAGCGAGGCCCAUGAAAAAUCGAUCAUAUCUUCUUCCUCUUCUUUAGAGUUGGAAUUAGCUAGCUAGCUAGCUAGCUGUUCACCAAGUCUUUGAUUUGUUUUGCAAUGUUUCCUUUACACCAGGGAAAUAAGCUGGUCUUCCAGAUUUCAUCAUCUAAUCCUCACCACCAGAAUUCAUCAGAAGAUAGGAUUCUCGGAUAUGCUUCGCCGGAUGGAUGCAGCAGUACUGUUCUCAGCAACAACAAUAACAUGGGGAAAAGCCGGCGGAGGAAAUUAGUGGUUGCAGCUUUGGAUCAGACAAUUAUUGAAAAUUCAAAGGAUAACAAGAAGAAGAAAAUGAUGAUUCAUAGGGAGAAUGAAAGGCAAAGAAGGCAAGAAAUGGCUACCUUAUACUCCCGUCUUAGAUCCCUACUCCCCCUUGAAUUCAUCAAGGGAAAGCGUUCGACGUCUGAUCACAUGAACGAAGCUGUGAACUACAUAAAACACCUCCAGAAUAGAAUCAAAACAUUAGACGCAAAGAGAGAUGAAUUUAAGAAAUUCCCUAAAAUAAGCACUGAUGUUGACCGUCGCUGCACUACUGGAAGCUCUUUGAAUUCAGAUAAGGUGAAUUUGCCUAGCUGUUUUACAGUCCAGCCAAGUUCUGGUGGAGUGCAAAUUUUGGUGAGUGGUGGCUUCAGAGAGGAUGGGUUACCACUCAUUUCAAUCUCAAGCGUUUUGGAAAUUCUGCUUGGACGAGGGCUUACUGUUGUUAGUUGUGUCUCCUCCCAAGUAAAUGAAAGACUCCUUCACACUAUCCAGAUUGAGGUCGAUGAUGUGGAAAGUCUGGAUCUUUCUGCGCUGGAACAGAAGCUAGCUAAAGCGCUUCCAACAUCCAGAAGUACUAUCUCCAAGUAACACUCAAUCUAAUUGUAUUGAUUCGUAGCGACUCAUAGUUAAGUAACUAAUUACAGGUUCCCUCCUAAGUACUAGUUUCUUUUUUAGUAGACCUCCCAGAAGGUAAAAGUGAACAAAAAGACUUGUGAUUAAUUGAUUUCCUUUCCGAGUGUUCUGUAAGAUAAGGGAAGAUGAAUAUUGCCAAACCUCCUUGUAAAGCUUCUCUCUUUAAGCCAAUAAUUAGUUACUAUGAAAUGCAUAAUAUUUUUUUUUGAAUAAAAAAAAUGCAUAAUAUUUUUGAAACUCAUAGAUCAUAUCUAGCUAGCUUCAUGCAUGACUGUGAUUUUCUCUGGCAAUGUACGUGUUGGAUAUAUAACAUUUACAGAUUCAUACAUGUGAGGAAGCAAAUUAUUCGUCAAUGAUUAUGAUCGUCUAUUAUUCAAAGGAGUAUGGAGUAGUCCUGCAUUUAUUCAUUAGUAUUUCUGGCCACCUUGUAUUAUUUGGCUUGUUCCAUCAAACAUGCAUAUAGUGUAUCUGGCCACCUAGCUGCUUCCUGGAUUUGAUUUAUAGUUUAAUUAGCUGCUUAAUAAUUAAGUUCUUGAAUUUUAUGAAGAGAGGCAUUAAUUUGUCUGAGUCAUAUAUCGAAGAAUUGUGUGGACAUAUCCUUUGCCGGAAGCAUCAACUAGCUAGCUUCUUUGUAAUUUCCAUUGAUUGAAGAAUUAUUCAGUACAGAUUUGGCACGAGUUGUAUUACACGCAUCCAACAUAAUCAAGAUGAGUUUUUCUUUAAUAAUGGGAGUUAUUUAUUAGGAAGCUGGCCUUCAUCUCAUGCAAGUAUA